CAUAACUCACAUAUUUCUCUUCUCACAAUCCUUCACAUAACACGUUAUUUUCCAUCUCCUUAGAAUUUUACUUAUGGGUUCUGCGGCGAAGGAGGUUGCUUCAGAGUUGCUCCCUUUUCUCAGGGUUUACAAAGAUGGCUCGGUUGAGCGGCUGUGUGGCUCUCCUGCCGUUCCGUCAUCGCCUGAAGACCAAGAAACUGGAGUCUCAUCCAAAGACAUCACCGUUUCUGAGAACCCCCAUAUCUCAGCUAGAGUUUACCUUCCAAAAUUAAGCCAACCUGACCAAAAACUCCCAGUUUUGGUCUACACUCAUGGCGGUGGCUUCUGCUUUGAAUCCGCCUUCUCUUUAAUGGAAACUAAAUUCAUGAACAGCUUGGUUUCUGAAGCGAAAAUUGUUGCGAUUUCAGUAGAGUACAGACUAGCUCCUGAAGUUUCUAUUCCUGUUGUUUAUGAAGAUUGCUGGAUUGCGCUGCAAUGGGUUGCGUCACACUCGGCUGAUGAUAAUGGCGGCAACAAAGAGCCGUGGCUAGGAACUUAUGGAGAUUUUGAACGAGUUUUUAUAGGCGGAGAUAGUGCAGGAGCCAACAUUACGCAUAAUAUACUCAUCCGUGCUGGCGAGGAAAGCCUGCCUGGCGGUGUAAAGAUUGAAGGAGCUUUUCUUACUCACCCAUACUUUUGGGGUUCGAAGCCAAUUGGGUCGGAGAUUGGAGGUCCAGAACGUGAGAAGCUUGCGCCUUUUGCAGUUUGGAACUAUUUAUAUCCAACUGCAACUGGUGGCAUUGAUAAUCCGAUGAUAAAUAUUGUUGCCCAAGGAGCGCCAAGCUUAGCUCAACUCGGGUGUUCCCGGUUGCUGGUGAGUGUUGCUGAACUCGAUGUGCUGAGGGAUAGAGGUGUUCUAUACUAUAACGCAGUGACGGAAAGUGGGUGGAAAGGAGAGGUAGAGCUUGUUGAAGUGGAGGGUGAGGACCAUGCCUUUCAUAUCUUGAAAUACGAGACUCAAAAUGCAAUGAAAUUGAUCAAACGCUUGGCUUCGUUUCUUCUCAAGUUCUAGAAUAUAUCAUGUCGAUCCCAAAAAUAAAACAAAAUAAGAGAGGUUUGGGAUUCAUGAAAUACCACCUUCAUCUUUCUUUUCAUUCAUAAUAUUUUACUGCUGGUGAAUUGUGAUAAGCAGAAGUAUUCAUAAGUCUUCUGAUAUGUAUUACGGGUGUAAUAGACUUCCUUUGACGGUUGCUUAAA